ACCAUUUCUUGUGCCAUGGGGAGAUGGACAAGGAUGUUGGUGUACUCGAAGUCACUGAUCAGGAUAUUAAAAAUCUGAUGACAGAGGUGGAAAAUGCAGAAGGUGGAGAAAGGCUGAUAGAUUUAUCAGAUGCGAUUGUGGCAUGUGGCUACACUGGGCCAAUAAAUGUUGACCAAAAAAAGGCCAUUACAGAUGCCAUCGCUUUGCAUGCACUGGUGAGGCUGAUCCCGAUCUUGAACCAGUUGCGUGAGGGAUUGAGGCUCUACGGAUUAGAUGAGGUGUUAGCACAGCACACCCAGAUGUGCCAGCAGCUCUUUGUCCCCGGCCACUUACAGGAAGUGAAUGUAGACUUCCUUCUGCUUGCGCUAUCUCCUGAUUUCAGUGAGCAAGGGUCUGUGAGACGGCAGCGAGAGAUGCAGAUCAUCAAUUUUCUGCAGGAUUUCUUGCAAAAGUUGGAAGACAGAGAAGCAGACAGCCAAGAAGAGGGCAGCCCUGAAGGUCAAAGUCAUGUGACAGCUGUGCACGGAACAAAUGGUGGGGGGAAAACGCCUGUCAGUCCGGAGCUUCCUUCAGUGGGUCACAGGUCAGGCACAUGUUCCACUGAUCGAAUCCAAGAGAGAGGCAUUCAAGAUAACUGUUAA